AGGGAUUAACAAUACUGCAGCUUUAGCUGUUUCUAGGUGAUAACUGCAGAGGGUUUGGAGGACAACAUAUUUUUGUUGACUAAUGCUACUGUUAGGUGUUCAUUUAGGGAUCGAGUAAAAGUAGAGCAGGAACACGUAGUUUAUCAGAAAGCUUUAAAUAGCAGGCUGGUAGCUGGAGUCGCUACUCUGUUGGAGUUGCUGUUGGAACAUGGGAACAAAACAGACUCACCUGUGUGCAGCUGGGCUGGUGAGCUUUCUGCUAAGGGCGGCCCUGCUCUCCGUCCUGCUGUGCAGCCCGCAGACGGUGCUGUCCGAAUCGGACGAGGUGGUCCUGACUGAGUGGGAGAUCUGGAAAAGCAGCCAUGGCAUAAGCUACGACGAAUCAGACGACAUGCAGCGGAGGGCCAUCUGGGAGGACAACAAGCGCAAGAUUGAAGACCAUAACCAAGGCUUUCUCAUGGGGAGGAUGUCCUUUGCUAUGGCCAUGAAUAAAUAUGGAGACCUUACAAGGGAGGAAUACCAAACUCUGCAAGGAGCCGUGAUCAAUGCCCAGUUUGUCCCGAGAGGAAAGGAGGUUUCAGCUCGAAGACUGCGCUACAACGCCAAGAAACUAGACGCUGCGGUUGUUGAUUACAGGAGCCAAGGCUAUGUCACUGAGGUGAAAGACCAGGGCUACUGCGGCUCGUGCUGGGCUUUCAGCACAACAGGGGCGAUAGAGGGACAACUCUACAAGAAAUCGGGUCAGCUGGUGUCUUUGAGCGAGCAGAACCUGGUGGAUUGCUCCAAAUCUUAUGGCACCUACGGUUGCAGUGGCGCCUGGAUGGCCAAUGCCUACGACUACGUGAUCAGCAACGGUCUGCAGGCGACAGACACCUACCCGUACACCUCCGUGGACUCACAGCCCUGUUUCUACGACAGCAGGCUUGCAGUGGCUCAUAUCAGAGACUACAGGUUCAUUCCCAAAGGAGACGAGCAGGCACUGGCCGACGCCGUGGCAACCAUCGGGCCAAUUACAGUAGCUGUGGAUGCUGACCAUGCAAGCUUCCUCUUCUACAGCUCAGGAAUUUACAACGAGCCCAGCUGUAACUCCAACCACCUGAGCCAUGCAGUGCUGCUGGUCGGCUACGGCUCUGAGGAAGGACAAGACUACUGGAUCCUCAAAAACAGUUGGGGAAGCAGCUGGGGUGAAGGCGGAUACAUGCGGAUGGCCCGGAACGGCGGCAACACUUGUGGCAUUGCAAGCUACGCUUUGUACCCAAUUUUAUGAGCAUGAGAACCCUAGAAAGAGAUUGUUCUAAGUAUAAGCAACACUUAUCAGCUUUUUUUUUAUCCUAAAGAUACAUAGCUUGUGAACCUGUCUGACAUAAGGCUCUCAUAGGGAAUACAUUACCUCUCUCAGGGAUGUAGAAGAAAAUAUUCUUCGGGUGUAAAUUCUCAACUAUUCAGACGUUUCUGUUUGUACAACUUGUUAAAAAAAAUUCAAAAUGAAAAUUGAAAUAAAAUUUGGAUAUUUAACCUUGGACAGAGUCGAGAACAUUAAUUAAAGUCAUUUUAUGCACAAGGGAGAAACAUCAGCCCCUAACAUCUGUCUCUUGUUUUCAACGGGAAAAUGUCCAACCAUCAUUAACUAUCGGGUCUGAUGAAUGCAGCGACAACCUUGGUGGACAAACAGACUUUUGGCACAUUUUCAGGGCCAGUGAGGUGAGCUAUGAAUCCAGCAGAUGCUUGUUUGUAUCUCUGUAGUUUCUCUAAACCUAAACAACAAAGUCUCAUCUUCUCCCUUCUCCACAAGCUGUUUGAAUAUGAAAGUUGACAUCUGAAGAAUCCCUGGAAAAGCAUCAAACUUUUUCAGAGAUGUAAUAGAUAUUGAACAUAGUUGCCAAUUUUAACUUCUAUAAAUCCCUGGGCUGGGAACAUUUGCGAGCACUCAAACUAACCACUAAUCAAAAUGCUGUGGGGUUAAGAAAAAAAAAAAAAAAAAA